AUGCCUGCCGCUACUGUGACUCCUGCGAAUGGCUCGAAGACACCGGUCGGGUUGUCGGCAAACGACAAGAUUACUCGUUUUGCAGCACCUAGCCGCCCUCUGAGCCCUCUCCCGUCCCACGCGCUCUUUAACAACAAAACGCGAUGCUUGGUAUACGGCCUACAGCCCCGCGCAGUUCAGGGUAUGCUUGACUUCGAUUUUAUUUGCAAGCGCCCUACGCCAUCUGUUGCCGGCAUUGUCUACACAUUUGGUGGCCAGUUUGUCAGUAAGAUGUACUGGGGCACCAGCGAAACUCUGUUGCCUGUCUACCAGGAGGUUUCAAAGGCCGUUGAGAAGCACCCGGACGUUGAUGUGGUUGUGAACUUUGCAUCGUCCCGCAGCGUGUACAGCUCCACGUUGGAGCUCAUGGAGUACUCGCAAAUCAAGACCAUUGCCAUCAUUGCUGAGGGAGUUCCGGAAAGGCGAGCUCGCGAGAUCGCUCAUAUUGCAAACAAGAAGGGCAUUACCAUUAUUGGUCCGGCCACUGUCGGUGGCAUCAAGCCCGGGUGCUUCAAAAUUGGUAACACGGGUGGCAUGAUGGACAAUAUCGUGGCCUCGAAGCUCUAUCGGAAGGGUUCCGUUGGCUACGUUUCCAAAUCUGGCGGCAUGUCCAACGAGCUCAACAAUAUCAUUGCACAGAACACCGAUGGUGUAUAUGAGGGUGUCGCUAUUGGUGGCGACAGAUAUCCCGGCACUACCUUCAUUGAUCACAUGCUGCGCUAUCAAGCCGACCCAGACUGCAAGAUCCUUGUGCUUCUUGGAGAGGUUGGCGGUGUUGAAGAGUACAAAGUCAUCGAUGCCGUCAAGCAAGGAAUCAUCACAAAGCCAAUUGUGGCUUGGGCUAUCGGCACUUGUGCCAGUAUGUUCAAGACGGAGGUCCAGUUCGGCCAUGCGGGCUCUUUUGCCAACUCUCAACUGGAAACAGCGGCCAUGAAGAAUAAACAGAUGCGAGACGCAGGCUUCUUCGUUCCAACUACGUUCGAAGAUAUGCCGACAGUGCUUAAAUCUGUCUACGAAAAGCUGGUGAAGGAUGGUACCAUCCAUCCAAGUGCUGAGCCGGCAGUCCCUAAAAUCCCAAUCGACUACUCGUGGGCUCAGGAGCUUGGCCUUAUUCGCAAGCCUGCUGCAUUCAUCUCUACGAUCUCUGAUGAUCGCGGUCAGGAGCUUCUGUACGCCGGAAUGCCCAUCUCGGAUGUGUUUAAGGAGGAUAUUGGCAUUGGUGGUGUAAUGUCAUUGCUAUGGUUUCGCCGCCGGCUACCAACCUACGCAUCCAAAUUUCUGGAGAUGGUCCUCAUGCUCACUGCCGACCAUGGCCCGGCCGUUUCUGGUGCAAUGAACACUAUCAUUACUACCCGCGCCGGGAAGGAUUUGAUAAGCGCUCUGGUGUCUGGUCUGUUGACUAUUGGCUCCCGUUUUGGCGGUGCUCUGGACGGAGCCGCCGACGAGUUCACUCGUGCAUUUGACAAGGGCUUAAGUCCACGUGAGUUUGUCGACAGCAUGCGCAAGGCGAACAAGUUGAUUCCAGGAAUCGGCCAUCGUGUGAAGUCACGCAAUAAUCCGGAUCUGCGUGUUGAACUGGUAAAACAGUACGUGACCGAGAAGUUUCCCAACCACAAGCUUCUGGACUACGCCCUGGCCGUGGAGACGGUUACAACUUCAAAGAAAGACAACCUGAUUCUGAAUGUCGAUGGAUGCGUUGCAGUUUGUUUCGUUGACUUGAUGCGCAAUUGCGGUGCAUUCAGUCCUGAAGAGGCUGAAGACUAUCUGAAAAUGGGUGUGCUAAACGGGUUGUUCGUUCUGGGUCGGAGCAUUGGUUUAAUUGCGCACUAUCUGGAUCAGAAGAGAUUGCGAACUGGCCUGUACCGUCAUCCCUGGGACGAUAUCACGUACCUGCUGCCGAAUCUCACGUCUGGUCCGCCUGGUGCAGAGGGUCGCGUGGAGGUGCAGAUGUAA